AAAGAUUGUCACGACCGGAGUUCAUCUGAAACUCAAAAAACCCCAAAACAUCAAAACAAUGACCUCUCAUCUCAUUUCUCGAUCUCUCCUCAAAACCCUAAAACCCAAUGCAGUAGCCAUCAGAACCAUCUCCACCACACCUUUCCUCCUCUCCCAAGACCCUCACCUCGCAACCGAUUCAACUGAUCACAUCUCCACUUCCCUUCCUCCAAAUCCCGCCACAGGAAGUCCUCUCUACCAAGAGAAUUGGCGUAGCCCCAUCCCAAACUCUCCAUCCCUCACCCACUCUCUAGUAGUCCCCGUUGGAUUCGCUCCUCCCGCUGCUCGGAUCAGAGCUAUCUCUGAGACGCUCGACAUGAACUCGCUGCUGAACAUGUUUGCUGAUUACACCACGUCGCAGCGUUGGUCGGAUAUGAAGCAGCUUUUUGAGUUUUGGGUUCGGUGUUUGGAUAAGAGUGGGAAGCCUAACAAGCCUGAUGUGAAUCUUUAUAAUCAUUACCUUAGGGCUAAUUUGAUGAUGGGUGCUAAGGCUGGUGACAUGCUUGAUUUGGUUGCGGUUAUGGAUGAUUUCUCUUUGGCGCCUAAUACGGCUUCUUAUAAUAUUGUGUUGAAGGGUAUGCAUCGGGCGAAGGAGUCUGAGGCUGCUGAGAAGCUGCUUAACCGGAUGCUGUUAUCAAAGAAGGAUGAAUCUCUUCCUGAUGAUGAAUCAUAUGAUUUGGUUAUUGGACUGCUGUUUUCGAAUGGGGAGAAUGAUAGAGCCAUGCAACUUAUGGAUGUCGCACUAAAGUCUGGUUAUAUGUUAUCCACCACAGUUUUUAGUGAUUGUGUACGUAGCUGUGUAGCCAAAGGUAGGACAGAUACAUUAGUCUCUAUCAUCGAGAGGUGUAAGGCUCUUGAUAGGAACAAGUCCCUAUGCCCUAGCUGGAUACUGUCUACUUACAUGGCAGAAGUUGCAACUCAAGCGGAUAAUAGCAAAUUAGCAUUCUACGCGUUUGAAUUCAUGUACAAAUGGAUCAACAGAGGAGAAAUGGCUAGACCCUCGGUGUUUCUUUCUGUUGAUGAAGGAUUGGUAGUGUCAGCUCUUGCAACUGCUGCUAGGACAUGCAACCCAACUCUAGUAGAUGGAUCAUGGAUGAUUCUGAAACGGUGCCUACGUGGGAAAAAGGCAGCCAACCCUGCGUCUUACAUUGCCAAGAUAAACGCUUAUGCUUCCUUGGGGAACCUGCAGAAAGCUUUCAUCGCACUACAUGAGUUUGAAAACGCAUAUGCGGAUGCUGGAAAAGAAGUUGUGGACGAAAUGCUUUCACCUUUUACAUCGUUAUACCCUCUGGUUUUGGCCUGCUCUAAGAAAGGUUUUGAGUCCUUGGAUGAGGUAUACUUUCAGCUGGAGACAUUGAGUCAAGGUGAUACUCCAUAUAAGUCUGUUGCUGCUCUAAACUGUAUAAUUCUUGGGUGCGCAAACACAUGGGAUCUUGAUCGUGCUUACCAGACGUUUGCUGCAAUAAGUGAUUCUUUUGGGCUGACUCCUAAUAUUGAUUCGUACAAUGCUUUGAUAUAUGCAUUUGGAAAGGUCAAGAAGACUCAGGAGGCUACAAAAGUGUACACUCAUCUGGUUGGGGAAGGUGUUAAACCUGAUGCCAGAACGUAUUCAUUGCUGGUUGAUGCUCAUCUCAUUAACCGGGAUCCCAAGUCAGCUCUGACCGUCAUUGAUGACAUGAUCAAUGCAGGGUUUGAACCUUCAAAGGAGACAUUGAAAAAGCUAAGAAGGAGAUGUCUCAGGGAACUAGACGAUGAAAAGGAUGCUCAAGUGGAGUCAUUGGCCAAGAAGUUUCAAAUAAGGAUGGGAUCAGAGAACCGCAGGAACAUGCUUUUCAACAUGGAUUACUCUAGGGGCCGCGCGUAA